ACAACACAACACAACGACGUAAAGAAAAAUAUCGCAGUGCUUGAUUUUAAAGAUUGAAAUUGAUUUUAAAUUUUUCAUUGAUAAUAUUUCAUAAAGAGUAACAUUUAAAAACAAUAAAAUACACAAAUAAAUGAAUAAAUUGCAGCAAAAGUGCAAAUAAUUAUAUUACCGAAUAGAAUUGUAUUUGUUUACUGGUUUCACACAACCUCGCCAAAAACGGAACCCAGUCUUCAAGCACAUGGCUCUCAACAACAACAACAAAAGAACUAUGGUCAACUUCUAUGGCUAUGCCGAAUUUAUGGACGAUAGAUCAUUGCAAAUAUUAAAUGGAAAGAACGUCAUAAGAAUUAACUCAUCAUGGAGCAACACAGCAGUUUAUUUUGAUGACGGAAAACAAAAAGUAUUGGGCUAUCAACAUGCGAUAUUGGACCAAAUUCUUAACAAAAUUUCUGUAUCUUCCAUUGAAAACAUUACAUUUGUUGGAGAAAAUCUAGUAUGUGUAAACAAUUCUGAUCAAAGUUAUAUGAUAACAGACACAUUAAAAUAUUUUAUGAUCCAAUUUUAUGACAAACAGCAGCACAAUGGACAGAUAAAGAUCUGCCAACUUACUGCAACGGACAAAGAUCUCGUAAUUAUUUCAGAUACCAAGACAUGUUUUAUAAGCGAGAACAUAUUAUGUAACAUAGGAAGAGACAUCAGAUGCGAAGAUACAGAUAUUACACCAACAUUACCAUUACCAUUAGUGUCACUAUGUACAGAUAAAGUGGCUGCAGUUAGUUGUGGGAAGGAACAUGUCUUACUUUUAACAACGUAUGGCACAGUCCUCACGUUUGGCGGAGGAACUCGAGGACAACUUGGUCAUGGAACAGUUGAUAGUACAAAGGAACCAAAGUUGAUAGACAGCUUAGCGGGACUCAAAAUGUUAGCUGUUGCAGCUGGUGGCUGGCAUUCGCUUUGUGUUUCAGAAUGUGGAGAUAUAUAUUGCUGGGGUUGGAACGAAAGUGGACAACUCGGUCUUCCCUCUAUCACUGUUCGAGAAAAACACGGGGGUACGCAUCAACAAGAUACUUCAACACCACAAAGCAGACAUACUAAUGAAAACAUUGUGAUAAAAGAUGAUAGUACGAACAAACUUGUACAGGAACAAAGUACUGACAGUUCUUCACUAUCCACAGAAGAAAUUUUAGCUGAUGACUCAACAGAAAGACAAAAGUUAGACAAGUUGGAGAGUUUAUUGUUUAUACAAAAUGUAGACCCAGCACAAAUUCACCCUCUCCCAUGCUUGAUAGAUUUUCAGGACACAUUCAACAUACAAAAAGCCAGUUGUGGAUCUCGUCAUACUGCUUUACUUACAGAUAAUAAUAUCUUGUUGACCAGUGGAUGGAAUGACUAUGGACAGUUAUGUCAUGAUGACAAAAUCACGAGGGACUAUUUUGAAACUGUUUCGUCAUACGUCAGAUCAGGGACAAAGAUAAAGGAUGUUCAUUGUGGUCCAUGGUCUACUUACAUCUUUACAGAUUAAAACGAAUUGCAUCAAAGCAUUCAUAUAUGUGUAUAGUGUUAUAUUUUGAAAUGUUAGUACCAAAGGUGUUGGAAUUAUUUUGUUAAGAUUGAGAAUAUUCUAUUUAUAUAUAUUAUAUCU